CCCCUCCUGCAAGACCAUACCCCCCGCAAUUUCACCGUCCAUCGAGCAAUAAUGUCGGCUGAAUACUCUGCAAAACUAUCGAGUUUUACGUCAUGGCGUCCAUUUAUUUACUCCACCGUGGUUCAGCUUAGCGCUCUCUCUAUCAUCCGUCGCGGGACGGCGCUGAUCUUGCCCAGAGCCGCGCCUACCUUUGCUCUGGCGCCAACUACUACCUUUGGAUUCGGAUACUCUGCUGAAAAGGUCUACGGAAUUCUGGAUACUUUGGGCGGUUUUGGAAGGACGUUCUUUACUGUUCUUGUGUUGGUCAACUUUGCUCUUAUCCUCGCAACUGCUUUUAACCUUUCUAUCCUCACCACCCUUGGGUUGAAGGCUUCUGGCCUGUCAAAAUCGCCUGCAUCGCAAUUGAAUUUACUUCCAUUUGCCGCGGCCGCGUUGCACGCUUUGGAGAACAUUGUAUUUCUUGCUGUUGCCGCGUCUCCGGGUCGUAGCGAUCUGCUAGCUGGUCUGGCGGGUACGGUAGCCGUAGCACGAGACUUGGUGGGUACAGUAGCACUUGGAGUGGUGGUUGUUACACUGCCUGUAUUCCUCGCUGGCUGGGCCAAGAGUAUUGGACGCGAUGGAAGGCAGAGAGUGCCAAUUGUGAAGAAAACCCAUUGAUAAUCGAGACAUUCAUGCUAUUGAAUGGCGGUGGAGACAACUAAUUGGGAUGAUAGGCGGAAUGUAUCGAGUGUACACUAGACUGUGUAUUUAAUCAAAAUAAUGUAGUUCUGCCAUU